AUGCAGUUCGCCGAGAUCUACUUUGGCAUUGCAUUCCAGCCUAGAGACCAUGCCCGCUCACAUGUUGACACUAGCAGGCCGUCCCUUACCUGCACCGCAAAGCGGCCCGACGCUAUGCGGCCCGGAGCCACGAUUCCGAACCCAAGAUUGAUGCAGGCUGGAUUCUGCUCCAAGCCUCAGCAUGCCCACAGACAGCCCGGGCCGUGCGUGUCUGGCAUGUCUGGCGUGUCUGUUGCGUCCCAACAAAUCCGAACGGGCGACCGGUGGCCACGGAUCACGGAGCGCGAGACGUUCCGAUUCUGUGACUCCUGUGAUCCUGUGAGGUACGCAGCUAGCGCUCUAGCGUCUAGGGAAGGACAAGGGUUGUGCUCGGUGCCAGGGUUCGACAGACGAGGAGGAGGACCAGCGAGCAGAGGUGCCAGGGUGACCCCAGGCGUCGCGGCUGUGCAGUGCCCACUCUGCGCCGCUGUCUCUGAUCUGCAAGCGCCAGCAAGCUCGGCGCUAGCUGUUAGGCUGCUCGUAUUGGGCCGCUGGGACAAGCGCAAGCCUGAGGAACCUGCACGCAAUUCCGUUCCUGGUGCUGCGUAUCUGGCAUAA